AGCAUGGUGCUGUUACUUCCGCCGCCCGACGGCGACGGGACGACGCGUCAGCUGGAAGCGACGCUGACGGUAGAGCGGCUGCUGCGCUGGCGCGAGAAGAGCAGCCAAAUCGUGCUGCACAUUCUCGUGUCCAAGUUUCGCAUCACCUACACUACGGAUCUGCAGCCGUUAGUCGCCAGCAGGGGACUGACUCCUUUCUGCCUUCGCCAUCUGAUACCGGAAACCGUUGACCACGUACUGCAUGUGCCAGCGACGGACCCGCUGUCGGUCGGUGAAUUUGGACAGCAAAUUAUUUUAGACCUCUGGGAAUACGGCCUUACGACUUCUCCCUUUGAAUCGUUCAACAUGACGCCCCUCAUUGUGAAAUGCGUUCCAGAUUUUGUGGUCAAUCGACCAUUCUUAGUCGUCAUCUGGAAUGAGAUGGUCAAUGUUCCGCUCAUCAUUGCACGCGUGACGGAUCCAACUAUAUCCUAG